AUGUCUAACAACUCUACGUCAUCUUACUGUGACGCGAUUCUAGCCAGCUCAGCGGGGCCUCCGCCCGUCUACAACCACACGACCCAGAUGGCUAUGACGGCCAUGCUUGGGAUUUUCAUGGCCAUCGCGUUCCUAGGCAACGUCGUGCUCAUUCUGACCAUCGUGAAGACUCGGCAGCUGCACACGCGUGCCAACUUCUUCGUGGCGUCGCUUGCCACCUCCGACAUCGGCGUGUCGCUGCUCGUGAUGCCGUUCGGGAUCUACCAGCAGGCGAGCAACAAGGAGUGGCGUCUAGGCGAGGUCGUAUGUCUGCUGUCGACGAGCGUGGACGUGAUGCUGUGCACGGUGUCCAGCCUGCACCUGUUGUGCCUGUGUCUGGACCGCUACCUCGCCAUCUGCCACCCGUACCUGCUGCAACACGUGGGGAAGCGGCUUACCUGCCAGAUUAUCGUCGCUUGCUGGGUGCUUCCCAUCUUCAUCUCCUUCCUGCCCAUCAUGAACAAGUGGAACACCAUCGGCAUCGAGCACUUCAUCGCCUGCCUGGUGCCGCCAGAGGGCGUGUGCGUGUUCCUCGUGAACCCGGAGUUCGCCGUGAUCUGUUCCAUCGUGGCCUUCUACAUCCGGCUCGGCUGUAAGAAACAUCGCGGCAAAAUAGACAAUGAGCCUUCUCAAUCUAUUACAUUGCAAGAUUCCACAAUUAGAUGA